GCCGCCGCGCGCACCACGCCGAGUUGUUUACAUGCAGCCAUGGCGGACGUGUUGGACAUCGAGAAUGCCGAGGAGUUCGAGGUGGACGAGGAUGGCGACCAAGGUCUUGUCAAGCUUAAGGAGAGGGCCAAGAAGCGGAAGGGGCGUGGGUUUGGUGGCGAGGACCGCUCCGAGCGAGAAGACAUCCACUAUGAGGGCAUGGAAGUAGAUGGAGCGGAUGAUGAGCCAGGACCUCAGAGAUCUGUAGAAGGAUGGAUCCUCUUCGUCACAGGUGUUCACGAAGAGGCACAAGAAGAUGACAUUCAUGACAAAUUCUCAGAGUUCGGAGAGAUAAAAAAUAUCCACCUGAACCUUGACCGUCGUACAGGUUUCCUGAAGGGCUAUGCAUUGGUAGAAUUUGAGACAUUCAAAGAGGCACAAGCAGCUCUGGACGGUCUAAAUGGCUCUGUAAUCCUAGGUCAGACAAUCUCCGUGGAAUGGUGUUUUGUUAAAGGGCCAAGAAAGAACAAAAAGGAAAGGAGGAGACGUUGAGAGGCAAAGCUGCUAGCUUGAACUGAAUACUUGUUUGGAUUUGCUGCCAUUUUUCUUUUAGAAAAAUAUAUUAGAACCAUUCUUUAUUUAUUGAUUCACAUUCCCAAAUGGUGAAUUUUUUUUACAGAUACCAGAAUUGUAAUUUGUUAUACUUGUCAGAUUUAUAAUGAAAUAAGAACAAAAGUACUUUGUUUCUUCAACACAGUAAUAGUAAAUUAUUUGUAUCCAAACUAUUUGCAGCUUUAAGUCAAUGGAGUAUAAACUUUGUAUCAGUUUUAUAGAAAACAAUUAUGGGAUAUACCUUUGAUAACUAAGUCUUUGUUCUUUUUAAUAAAGAAGUCACAUUCUAUAAAA